GUGUUGAUCGGAUUCGGUUGAUUUUCGCACCGGUGCUCCGUUUUUUCGGUUUCCGCCUCGGGAAAACUUUAAACUUGUUUUAUUUCUGUAAGAUUUUACCGUCCGCGCACUUAAGUGUAUUGAAAAAGCUUCAAAAAUGCAACAGGACGAGAUCGUUUGGAGUAUCAUCAGUCGGCAGUUUUGCUCGUACAUGGUGAAAACACAAACGCAGAACUUUUGUCGUAAUGAAUACAGUCUGACGGGUUUAUGCUCGCGCAAAGCCUGCCCUAUCGCCAACAGCCAGUAUGCCACAAUCCGGGAGGAAAACGGAAUCGUGUACCUGUACAUGAAAACGGCCGAGCGGAAUGCCUUCCCUUCGAAACACUGGGAAAAGGUCAAGCUAUCCCGGAACUUCGAGAAAGCCGUCUACCAGAUCAACGAAAAUCUGCUGUACUGGGAUCGGUUUGUAAGGUUGAAGUGCAAGCAGCGAUUUACCAAGAUAACGCAGUACCUGAUUCGAAUGAGAAAGUUGAAACUGCGCCGGCAGAAGAUGUUGGUUCCGCUGUCGACGAAGGUCGAGCGCCGGGAUAGGCGACGGGAAGAAAAGGCACUGGUUGCGGCCAAGAUCGACAAUGCCAUCGAGAAGGAACUGAUGGAACGGCUGAAGAAGGGAACGUACGAGGACAUUUACAACUUCCCGCAGACGGCAUUCAAUAAGGCACUGGAGGCGGAAGAGGUUGAGGACGAGGAGGAUGAAGCGGAAAGCGAGAUGGAGGAGGAGCUAGAGAAGGAGAUGGAAAUCGACAACGAAGUGCAGAAGGAGCUGGACAUGGACGAUGAGUUUGUGGAGGGUGAUUCGGAGGAUGAUGAUGAGGAGGAGAAGGGUGACGAUGAGGAUCUGACGGAUGGAGAGGAGUCGGAUGCGGAGAGCGUAUCCGGAGUUAAGGAAAGAGUGGAGGUGGACAGUGAUUUCGAGUCGUCCGAUGAUGAAGACAUUGAGGACAUCGCACCCAAGGUCACGCCCCGUUUACCGAAGAAAACGAAAGCGGCGACGACCGCCGACGGGGCCAAAGCGUCCAAGGCCGUCAGCACCAAGAAGAAACCGAAGAUACUGCGCAAACCUCACCUGGAGAUUGAGUAUGAAGUGGAAACCGCACCAGCGAGGCAUCGGUUACAUAAAUGAGGUAACAGAGCGAAGGUUGAUUGGUUUAAUUUUAUGUUUCACGUCUGAAUCAGAAAAAAAAGUGGAAAGAAUGCGUUCUUUCCGUGAAUACCGAUAUAAAAAAAAACAUGUAAGCUUAUAUUAUUUACUAAAAGGUAAUAAAUUGAAA